AUGUCGCUUCCGCCGUUAUCGGUGCGCAAACGCGGCGUCAAGGAUCCGCGGCCGUACGAGCCAACAACAACCCAGGCGGCGGAGGAUGCAGUCGCCCGGAUUAUGGAUUCGUUGGGGACUGCCGUUUCCCCACACUUGGGGAAAGUGAAUUUACAGAAAGGACUGUACAAUGAGAGCAGUGGCACAUCAACACGGUACCGGUACGAGCGUACGGAAGAAAGUUGGUUGGAACGCGCGUUAACAACGGACGAUGACGACGCCAUGGAGACGGACGAACUCGUUACGGGCUCGGCAAAUUCCAAAAAGCCGCGGAUUCUGGAACGCGCCACGACGCCGAUCAUAAGUAACGCGAGUCACAGGUCGCAGGACCGCGACGAAAUCAUGUCUCCCGUCCCUCUCCGUUCACCCUCUCCCACGGAUGAUGCUGGGAUCACCGGGAACGACACUUAUCUGCGGCGUACCCCUACCACGCUGCGUACGGGACACGUGGCUGGCCCAUCGUCUCGGCACGAUGCUCUCGAGUAUGGGCGCUAUCACGAUGCCGUAUUGCGCUUCGUACAAGUCAAACGUCGUGUCACGGAACGCGUCGAACUCAAACAACGUUCGUUGGCACUCCAGGAGGAGAGAACCUCACCGCGCGUACCGUUCGACGACGCCAUGGAGCUUGUUCCCGACGACCUUUUCAUCGCGAACCGGGAUGGAGAUGCGUUAAUCUUGGACGAAACACGAGCGGACGUUGCGUUCUUGCGUUCCUUACACAACCUCUCCUCGGACCAUGUCAAUGCAAGCGAUGCUCGUUUGGCACGCAAAGAGGGCAACUUCUGGCUCCUCCUGUCGCAUUUACGAGAGUUGAGUUUAGAUACCUUGAUCUGGGCUGACGAUGCUGCCUCUCUACACCAGCACGAGAGUUCACUGUUGGCCUAUGUUGAUUCCCUCGCUGCCAAGGUCAACGCCGCCCCACUGGAACUCACGCAGGCAUUGCAACUGAAUACGUCUGAGUGUCCAUCAUUGCUUCGUCGUCGUCAGUGCAUCAUGCGUUGGCUGGAAGCCUGUUUUCAUCAGCAGUUGCCGACAGGAUCCACCCGCGCUCGCCAUGCCACCAUAAUUUGUGAUUCCAAGCUCCUGCGGCAAGAAGGUUUGCCCGAGACGGACAAGGAUGCGGAAAUACUGAAAAAUGCGUUGGCCUUGAUUUUGGCCGGACGAGAGGAGGACGCACAAAUAUUGGCUCGUGAUAGUGGCGCUCCUUGGCGAGCGGCGCUUUGGAGUGGAGGGAAACCACAAGGUGUCGUGCACAAGCCGAACCUCGCAACCGAGACGAUGGAUCGGAUCCCCACGGGAAAUCCCCGCCGUGCUUUGUGGAAGCGCAUGAUGUGGAAAAAUGCCGAAGCGCUGCAUCAAAAGGGAAAGGCGGCGGCAGACGAAGCUGCGAUUGCCGCCAUUCUUUCCAAUAAUCUUAAGAUUGCCCUCUUGAACCCAUCCCUCAGGACGUGGGAGAAGUGUCUGUAUGUUGCCUUCCGAUGCAUGAUCGGUCGCACCGAAGAUGACCUGCUACACAAACACAACAAUCUUCGUCGGCAAUACCGCCCUCCCUUCCCUGGAACACAGUUCGCACAACACGAACUCCAGCAGCUUCGUGACACUGCUGACAUUGCUGCUGAAGAUGAGGCCUCUGUUAUUCAUAAUAUCUUACCAAGCUCUGUUUUUGACGAAGUCAAAGAUGACGAUGUAGUGACGGAUGCCACUUCGAGUUUUCUGGUUGGCAAAAGUUCGAUUGCGUCUUACCUACAGGACUCAAUGGCGGACUUGGACGAUGCAGGAGAAAUGCAGCUACGGUUCCUCACCCACCUGGGUUUGUACUUGGAUUCACUAGCGGUAGGCACAACGCCAAUCUUCAUUCAAGGAGUUUCGGACUGGAAGAACAGAAUGUUGUUGAAGUACUUGCAGUAUUUGUCCACCCGCGAAGAACUAUGGCAUUUGCUUGUACUUUACGCGUCGUUGCUACCGGAGUCGGUCUUGACGUCUCAACUUCCCAAUAUGCUGCAAAGCCUUGACAGUCAAGAAGGCCGCAGAACGAUUGUUGAACAGAUGCGUGAACUUUUACCGCGUGCAGGUUUAGAUUUGGUAGUUCUUCAGAAUGUGGUACAAGCUACUUUGCAAACGACGGAUACAGAGAAUUCCUGUGUCGACACUCCCACUCGUUUGGAUGUCCAAAAGAUGCGCUCGAUUGCGUGGCUUUCUUACAGUCAAGACCAUACGGUGGAUGCUCUCGUAUUUUCUAACUCACUGCUACGGCACUUCCUUCUUGGGGGUCGUCGAGCGAGUGCCAUACUUUUCGUCGAAGACUUUCGGCUGGAAAGUGUCUUGGAGUUAGCGGAAGGCAAUGGAGAAGAUGAAGCAGCGGAUGUAGACACGUGGCGACGUGAACACAUGGCACUGCAAUACUACUUGGAUGCGACUCAAGCUAUUGACCACUGGCGUGAGAUUAUUUCUACUGUUGAAAGCACCACCAAACUUAUUGAUGAUCGGAUCGACAUUGGUCGGUUGGAUGAAACAGACGUCUCGGUGGCAUUGAAGAUCGAACGCCGUGCUUUGCUCGAAGAGAAGCGCAAGGCUAGCUUCUCUGUCGUGAGGGCGUCUAAUAGCGCACUCAAAGCUCUUUCCGCCGUCCUAAAGUAUAGAGGCGGGUGGUUGUUACUGGACUACGAUGCCGCAUCAAGGCACUGCGACCAAAACGCUCGUUCGGCCGAACUCGAUGCCUUGCGCCGCAAAAUUUUACCGCAUUGUAUUUCUAGCUAUUGCGAAGUCUGCAUGGAGACGGCAGUGUGGAUGUCAUCCUCCAUGGACGAUGCUGUUGCUCAACUGAGUGAAAGCCCUUCCGCUGUGUUGGAUUCGCUCGACAGUCCCCAGGACGGUGAAAUAUCUCCAAUCGCCCCUUUCUAUUGGCCACAGCAAGCAUUGGAAAUUGCCAAUGUUGUUGCAUCAGAAACCUAUGGUAUCCUCUCUGCUUUCGGGACGGCAGAAAAGAAACAGCUCGUUUCCGAUUUAGCGGAGGCGUCUGUAGCCAACCUCUUUUAUACUACGAAAAGAGACUAG